AAUAAAAACCUGUAUAUGUUUAACAUAAGCAUUGCACACCCGCGCGUUUAGCGUAUAAUUGUUUAGGCUAUAACUAGACAUCUAUUAUACUUUAAUUUUUCAACCUUUAAUAACCUUAAUCUAAACUAAACAUCUACGGAGAAAUAGACGUAUAAUAUAGAUCUAUUAAAAGGUAUUUUCAUCGUCAAAUUGCUCCGUGGGAAACUUAAAUGCAAAAACACACAGCAGCAGCAGCUGCUGCUGUCUGGAGCGCUGCAGCUCAUUACCAUGGUACCUGAGGCUUAAAGCAGAACUCGGGGUUUCCCUGCGAGAGGGUGAGGGCGAGCUAUGGCUCUGAAAACAUCCAACCAGGCAGAUAAUACAGCUCCACUUUAACAUGAUCAAGGUUUCACCACGAGUGUUAUUUCCCUCCCUCCGUAUUUUGUGAGAGCUAUAAUGGUACACCGAAAAUCCAAUUAAGUCUAAGAGGAAAAUGCACAUUUCCCAGAUGAAAAACACGUCUUUCUCCUGCACAAACGGUGAUAACUACUAACUAGCCCAUGACAGAUGGAUUAAAAAGCUGUGAUGAGAUCACGCAAACAAACUCUUGAGAGGAAGGGUGGGGGGGGGAGACAAGCAGAUGGAAUCUUCUUCCCACACAACAACAAAAAAGAGCUGCAAAGACUCAGGGAAAAUGAGACGACAGAAGGUGAAUGGACCUGUGAUGAAAACCUCAAGGUUGAUGACGAGCAUCGCUCUACAGAAACGCAAGAGUUAAAGACACAGGGGUGCAUGCAGGCUGGCGACGAGUCUAAUAAAAACACAUCCGUGUCUUUCUCGAGACAAACGCUGGCGUGUCGGCAUCCAUUCAAAGUUGGGAUUUGAGUCUUCUGCUCCUGACAAGGAAAGUUUUGAUGAGCGUAUGGUCUCCACGGAAGUGAGGUCACUGACAGAACAGCUUUAAGUGAUGACGAGAUAAAGGGAUGAUGCAUGAACCUGCCAGAUGUAGCCAAAAACUGGAGCUGUACUUUCUCCACUGCAACCUUCCCUCCUCCCUCUGCUCUCUCUCUCUCUCUCUCCCUCUCCCAUGCUCCCUCCCCCUCUCGCUUAAUCUCUCUCUCUCUCUCUCUCUCUACACACACACACUCCGAUGCACACACGCAGAAAAAGAGGAGAGAAAGCCAGAGAGGAGAACUGCGGCGGCACGAUGGGGAUAUUCUGCCUGCGUGGGCUCUGUCGCUGAGGCGUCCGGAGUUCAGCCACUGUGUGUGCGUGUGUGUGUGUGCGUCUGUGUGAGUGUGUGUGUAUGCGUGUGUGUGAGUGAGUGAGUGUGAGCCCCUGCCGACGCCGUGCGGAGAAAGGAAAGGGGAAAACAGAGGAGAGCGGGUGGAGAGGAGGAAAAAGAGAGGGGGAGUGUUGACUCUGACUGGGGCUUAGAGGAACCUCACGCCACUGGAUCAGAGGACGCCGAUGUGCAACAACUCCUCCAACUACUGCCGCCGCCGCCGCUGCUGCUGCUCUGCCUGCCCGUCCUCUUAACUUCUGCCAUGGCAUAGCCUCCUCUUCCAGCUCGCCUCUAAUCCACUAAGGAAACGGGCAUGCAUGGGCAAAACCAGGGAUCUAGGCUAACGCGUCGUUUACGUCAGUAAUUCACAGUCUGAGGAAACAUGGUGAGCAAGGAAGGUGGCAAAUGCAUGCUCACCAACUCAGAGUCUGACUCGGAGGCAGCGCCCUUGCCCUCCACCUCGCUGGCGCUGGAGGUGAAGUAUUCCCUGGAAGCCAGUCGACAGGUGAGGAAGCGAAACAAGGCCCUGCAAGUGCGUUUCAAGGAUAUCUGCGAGGCGCAGAACGAGCAGAGGGAGGCGGAGCUGCAGGCAGCGGGGAAAGGUGGCAAGCCCAUCUCAUACAAAGUGGCGUACCGCAAGUACAUGACGGUCCCCGCCCGCCGAUCCAUCCCGAACGUCACGAGGAGCACGGGCGUUCAGACGUCCCCUGACCUAAAGAAACGCUAUCAGACCUUUCCUUUUGAGCGCAAGAAAGGCCACACCUUUAAACACGUGGCGGCCGUGGAAACCUAUAAAGGUCAGAAUAACGGUUUUGUCAUGGAGGUGAAGCAGUCCAAGGCUGCUGAGCGGGGUUUAGAUGAGGAGGAGGAGGAGGAGGAGGGAGCCUGCGGGGGGAGUGGAGUCCGGAGGACCAGGGCUCUGCUCCAUACUAAUGAGUGCAUUGCCACAGUGGAGCAGCACACUGCACCUGAUGGCCUGUGCUCUGACGCUCUGCAGCUCAGUUGCUCUGCAGACACAGACUGCCUUGCGGACACACAGAGAGGAAGCGGAGCCAGAGCGCAGGCAGAGUACCAGCUCUGCAGUGUCCCAUCCAAAGCCAGGACAGGAUUACAACACAGGGAGGCCAAUACGGACCGCUCGGCCAAGAGGCAGCUGCUCAAUCUGGAGGAGGGCUCGUCCCGCACCCUGCCGGACAGGGCCUCCAAGGUUACGAGCCCCAUCGCCUGGAACUCCCUCACGCAGGUGGAGUGCCUGGACAGUCCGUCCGUGCGGAGCAAGCGGAAGAAAGCCCUGCAGCUCAACGGGCUGCAGAGCGAGACGCUACCACGCUCCAGCAGAGGCUGUACAACGCAGGCACAGUGCCACACAGGACAGUUAUCUGCCCGGCCUCUACGGGCCAUGGAGGAGCCUCUGACACCCUGCAGAGGUGGCGAGGCCAGUGGGGCGCCGUCCGACCAAACACAGGAGGCCUGCAAGCAAAUAGUGCCUAUGAAUCAGGACGGGGAUGUUAAAGCACAGCUCCAGGCCAUGGAAAAUCUCAUCAGCUCCAGCCAGGAGACCAUCAAGGUGCUGCUGGGGGUCAUCCAGGAACUGGAGAAGGGGGAGGCCCACAGAGAAGGACUCUCCUAUCGAACCGGACAGGACACGGCCAACUGCGACACAUGCCGGAACAGCGCAUGCAUUAUUUACAGUGUGGAGCUGGACUUCAAGCAGCAGGAGGACAAGCUGCAGCCGCUGAUGAUGAGGCUUUGCCCUUCGGCGGAUGGCCACUUCCCCUCCCUGCCUUACCCCCAGGAGGCCUUCACCUCCACCCCGAAACGCAAGUCCAAAGCUGACUCCAAGAAGCACGCUCGCUGGAAACUUUGGUUCCUGUGAAAAAACACAGGACCGUCUCCUCCCCCCCCGCCACCGAUGCACAGGAUUUAUGCGUCCACAUCUGUUUGGUUUUAUCCAUCGUCUUCUGUUUAAUCGCGUCUCCACGGCUUUUUUUUUUACAGACCAGUAUUAAUGGAGAGCUCCACCACUGGAUAUGACAGGAUGUGUAAUGGGACACAAGUGUGGAUUCCAUGGAAAAUUCUAAAUGUCACGCUUACCAAAAAAUGGAUUGAGAGUUAUUUUGAACUAAUUUCUUCAAGCAGGGUGUGAAAUUACACCGGGGCGACAUAUUUGGAGAUCAGCAAGGUGAGACGACGAAUUUGCUUUCCCUCUUGUCUAUUUGCAUAUAUUUUUCUAGCCGACGUCUACGGGGUCCUAUUCUGUGGUAAUGGUUCCGUUUCUAUUCACCAGUCGGGACUUUGUCUUUUCCUCCCAGCCUCCAGGAGAGGUUGGCAAUUCAACCACGAUGCUCUGAGGUCUACAUCAACAGCAUAUCACCGUACUGCAAAGCACAAUUAACACUGUUCAGGAUACAUUUUUCUCCAGAGUAAUUAAAAAGAACUAUUUUGAGUCACAUGUGUAGAUCACCUACUAACUAUAUGGCAGAUUGAAGACUUUCAUAAUAUCUAAAGAAGAGACCUAAAGGACAAAAAGAAGUCAGAGAUGUUUAUUGGAUGAUCAACUUUCUACCCAUCUCUAAAAAUGUCUCCUUGAAAUCAACUGACUUUGAAGUAAAGAAUGAAUAAAUAACACUUAUUUUCUUAAUGACAUUUGCAAAGUUAGACGUCAAUGUACUUUUUUUCUAUAUAAAUAUAUAUCUAUAUACAUUCAC